AUGUCGGACCCGCUCCAAAUUCAGGGCAUUGAGUUUGGUGAGUAUGUCCUGCAAGAGUUCAAAUGCAAUGCAGAAGUCUGCAAGGGACAUGUCUGGACUGGGCCUUGCAGAGACAGAAAGGAGUGGGAUGUCAGUGGAGCAGUGGGUAAUGGAGGGUUGGGUGCUGCAGCAGGUCGUAGAAAGCUAAAGAAGUCAUUUGGAACAUUGAUUGUUGCAGUGCAAGAUGAAAUACUAGAUGCUAAAGAUGAUGAGAGUGAUGAGGGAAGUGAGAAGCACAAUUACUAUUUUGAGUUGCAAAAGCCACCCACUGUCAAGGAAGCUUGCAAAGCUCUUGAUGACUUGCAACAACUGCUCAAACCACCGCAGAAAGAUCAAACUGGGUAUAAAGACCCAAAACUGCCCCCUGUGCUGAAAGAGAGGCUGUCACACAUGAAGAGCUUCCUGUGGCUAUAUGUGGAUGUCAGGAAGGAUGGUAGAAGUCAUUCAGCAAAUCCUGUCAGGGACAGUGGCAAUAUGCUGCUGAUAGAGCUGCACGAGAUGCACAAGGAGAAAAGAGUACCAAGGGAGAUUACAUGUCUCACCAUCUUCAGCACUGGUCCAAGGCACAUAUUAGUGACUGAAAAGCAUUGCCAAUCUGUGACGCACCUUGUAAACUCUUGCAAAUUGAUAAUGAGAUUUUAG